UCUUGAAUAUGGGCAUAUUUCAACAAGAAAUAAAGUCUAAAGUUACGAUAAAACAUGAAUACUAAGAGUUCUAGUUUGUCUUCCAUAUCAGAUCUUUUUCGACCUACAAACCCCAGAGGUUUAAGAUCUAGAGAUCUAAGUUCUACUCGUCUGAAUGUUUUGAAGAAAGAAAUACAGACCGAUGCGCAUAUGAUACCUUUAAGUAAUCUGUACACACUGUUGGGAACCGAUCCAGUUCAUGGAUUAAGUAAUGACAGAGCAAAAGAGCUUUUGGACUAUUAUGGGCCAAACACACUUACACCGACUACGCAGUUUUUAUGGCCGCGUUUACUAUUCAAAUCCUUAUGUACUGGUUUUUCCAUUUUAAUAUGGCUUGGUGCUGUGCUAUGCUUAACCGCGUAUCUCAUAGAACUGUCCACGAAACCAGAUCCCAGUACUGAUAAUCUUUACCUAGGAUGUGUACUUAUUGCAGUCGAUGUUGUAUGUGGACUUUUUAGUUUCUUUCAGAAUUACAAUAGUACUAAGAUCAUGAAAACCUUCAACAGUAUGAUACCGAUGAACGCAAGAUGUACACGGGAUGGUGUCUUAAAUACGGAUACCGAAGUACACAACUUGGUCAAAGGAGACAUAAUUUUCGUAGAAAUCGGUGAUGUUAUACCAGCGGACAUAAGAAUUAUUGAAAGCAAAGGAUUUAAAGUUGAUAACUCUUCAUUGACUGGCGAAUGCAUAGCUGUACCGCGAAGUAACACAGAUGGCACAGAUAAUAUACUGGAAUCUCCUAAUGUCGCGUUUUCUUCUGCUCUUUGUGUGGAAGGAUGGGCGAAAGGAGUUGUUCUGUGUUGCGGAGAUCUUACUGCUUUAGGUCGCGUAGCAGGGCUGGCAGCUCGACUACAGCCUGCACCGUCGCCGCUAUCCCGAGAGAUCCGCCGUUUCAUGCGCUGUAUGUCUGUGUGGGCACUUAGCUUGGGCGCUUUUAUCGCCGGUGCCAGCCUUACACUAGGAUAUCCUUUUAUGCAAACGACUGUAUUUGUCAUUGGAAUUAUCGUCGCAAAUAUUCCGGAAGGUUUACAACCAACUGUAACAGCUUCUCUGACGCUAACUGCAAAACGCAUGGUUGCGAAAAAAUGUCUUGUCAAAAAUUUAGAAGCAAUUGAAGCACUUGGCGCCUGCACAACAAUCUGUUCGGACAAAACCGGUACUUUAACGGAAAAUAAAAUGUGCGUUCAUCAUAUCUGGAUAUCGAAUAAAACAUGCUCAGUAUUGGAUCCUGAUUUAGGAUCUUCAUUGAUGAAUGAUGAAGCAUUCACUGCCUUCGAAAUUUGUGGAGCGCUGUGCAGUAAUGCAUCUGUAUCUUCGAAUGGAGUCGUGCGUGGUGAUGCUUCGGAAAAAGCUAUAUUAGACUUUUUAUUUAUGUUUGAUGAUCCUAUCACUCUAAGAAAAAGGUAUCCUAAAGUCGCCGAAAUUCCUUUUAAUUCAGUUAAUAAGUAUCAAGUGAGCGUUCAUUUGGACCUAUUAUCUUCAACGUAUCUUGUAGUAAUGAAAGGAGCACCCGAGUGUAUAAUUUCUAGAUGUUCAACGCUUAUUUCUAAUAACAAGAUAAUAAAUAUGAGUACAGAAAUUAAAGAAGCAACAGAUAUUGCAACAGAAAACUUAGCAAACACUGGAGAACGAAUAUUGGCAUUCGCCGAUUGCAUCUUGAAUCCGAAAGAAUUUCCAUUAGAUUACAAUUUCGAUACAGAAGACGUUAAUUUUCCUCUUGAUAACCUACGGUUUCUUGGACUCGUCGGUUUGAAAGAUCCACCUCGAGAGGAGGUCCGCUACGCUAUACAACGCGUGCGCGAAGCAGGAGUAAGAGUGAUGAUGGUAACAGGUGACCAUCCAGCCACCGCUCGAGCUGUAGCUUCAGAAGUGGGUAUUGCCACCACUCCUAAUUGUCAUGUUGUGACUGGCACUGAACUGAGAAAUAUGACUCCGGAUUUACUGUAUUUAACUCUGGAAAAACACUAUGAAAUAGUAUUUGCGCGCACGUCUCCAACCCAAAAACUACAAAUAGUUGAAGCAUGUCAAAGACAAGGCGGGGUGGUAGCUGUAACAGGUGACGGCGUGAAUGAUGCACCGGCCUUGAGACGUGCAGAUAUUGGAAUAUCCAUGGGAAUUACUGGAUCGCAAGUAUCUAAACAAACAGCCGAUAUAAUUUUAAUGGACGACAACUUUGCCACUAUAGUUACUGGAAUCGAGGAAGGACGAAAAAUAUUUGAUAAUUUAAAAAAAUCUGUUUGUUACAUCCUCAUAUCAAACGUUCCUGAAAUUAUUCCAGUGUUAAUUUUCAUCCUCUGCUCCAUACCACUUCCACUGGGGGUGAUGACAAUACUAUGUGUAGACCUAGGCACAGAUAUGUGGCCAGCAGUAUCAUUAUCGUACGAGAAAGCAGAGCAGGAUGUUAUGGCUCGCCCACCUCGAACCUCAGAUCCCCUUGUGUCGGCGUGUAUGUUGCGCCUCGCUUAUGGACAUCUCGGCCUCAUAGAGUUCGCCGCGGGCAUGUUCGCCUACUUCAUUGUUAUGGCUGAACAUGGCUUUUAUCCUUCCAAUUUGUUCGGUAUAAGAGAAGAAUGGGAUAACGAGGCAGUAAGCGAUGUCGAAGAUUCCCUAGGCCAAGAAUGGACGUAUGCAGAACGAAAAGAAUUAGAAAGAGCUUGCCAGGCCGCUUAUUUUGUAGCUGUUGUCAUUUCGCAAAUAAUGAAUGGAAUUAUCUGUAAAACGAGGUACAACUCCCUGUUCCACGUGGGUAUGCAAAAUAAAGUUUUGAAAAUGGGAAUCAUGGUAGAAUUAAUAGUUGCUUGUGUGGUGUGCUAUGUGCCCGGUGUCAAUACAUUUUUUCGAACAUACCCCCUCCGAUUGAGAUGGUGGUUUUUGGCGCUUCCAUUUGCUGCUCUAAUGUUUAUAUUUGAUGAAUUCAGAAAGUAUUGUAUCAGAAAACAAAAAUUCGGCGGUUGGUUUAACAUGCUGACAUAUUACUAGCUUACAUA